CAUCAAUCACGCCCCAGCUCCUUUCUGGCCGACCAGUUUCGCCCGCCAUGCCUCCUCGUCUACCAGGGAAGCUGAACCAGCUUUCUCUUUUCAACAGGACUCCCGUACCGGUCAUUUCCAACAACUCCCUUGCUCGAGCUUUUGGCAUUCGAUCAUUGAACCCUUCCAAACCCUCCCCAUUCAAUGCCGGCCCUGAUUUGCCCAUCCUGAAGUCGACCCCGGCGGCGGCCCUGCAACGAAAAGCAAAUACCCUGCCUCUCCGAACUGGGGCCAUCGCUAUCAAGAAGGGGAUGACUGCUGUCUAUGACGCCGAAACCGGAAAACGAAUUGCCUGCACCGUCCUGCAGCUGGACCGAGUCGAAGUGACUUCGUGCAAGACGCGGCAAGCCCACGGGUAUUUCGCCGUCCAGCUGGGCUCGGGCUGGAAGCAUUCAAGCAACAUGACGAAAUCGCUUCUUGGGCAUUUCUCCGCCAACGGUGUCUCGCCCAAGAGGCAUGUGUGCGAAUUCCGCGUCAAGGAUGCAAGUGGCCUCCUGCCAGUCGGCCAAACGAUCAACGCCGACUGGUUUCAACAGGGUCAAUAUGUCGACGCGCGAUCUAACUCUAAGGGCAAGGGCUUUGCUGGUGUUAUGAAACGGCAUGGCUUUGGCGGUCAGGAUCGCAGUCACGGUGUCAGUCUAACACAUCGAUCACUUGGUUCUGCAGGCCCUAGCCAGGGCGGUGGUUCCAGAGUUUAUCCGGGAAAGAAGAUGGCGGGUAAUAUGGGAAAUGAGCAGAAUACAGUACAAAACUUGAAAAUCCUCAAGGUUGAUAAAGACAAUGGCAUAGUUGUUGUCAACGGUGCUGUCAGUGGACCCAAAGGCUGCAUUGUCAGGAUACAGGAUGCUAUCAAGAAACCCUGGCCUGAAAGCGCCUCUCAUCAAGAGUAGUCGGCUGCAGUGUUUGGACUUCUUGUUUUCUACACGGAAAUGUACUAUUAUUUGAUUAUUUUAUCCAGAGCGGCGGUAUAUACUAUACAUAAAUGAUAUCCUUUUUUUCAACCA